AUGGCUCUUUCGAAAGAAAUACCAUAUGGCCAAAAAGAUAUCUCAUUCGACCAUCUUCUAACGUCCAAACGUCGCAAUGAGCUGUUAUCUCAAACUUUCACCUCAUCGUUCAAUCCAUUUGUUCGCCAAGUGAAGUGUAAUGCGGAGACCGCCAUUAGUCAAAGAGGUAAUUAUUCAAUACUACGGGCUAAUCCAGUCCAUCUUAGACCAAUUUUUGAAAGAUUCGCAUCACAAGAAAAAAAUGGGAAAAAGGUGAUGACUCCAGAAGACUUCAUUAGAAGAUAUCUCGGACUUUACACCGAGGAAAAUUAUAAUCGAGAAACUGUUCGCCUACUAGCAUCUGCUGCUGACACUACGAAGGACGGGAUAAUAUCAUUUGAAGAAUUUUGCGCGUUCGAAGCUCUUCUCUGUAGUCCAGAUGCCCUUUAUCUGACAGCUUUUGAAUUAUUUGAUAGAAAUGCAUCAGAUUCGAUAAGCUGUGAUGAAUUUGAAGCAAUAAUUCGUCAUACACAACCUCUUCAUGAUCAGGAUUUCGAUUUCAACUCCGAAUUCAUUAAAAGAUAUUUUGGGGCGGAUAAGAAGCGAACGAUCAAUUAUCAUGCAUUUUGCCAGCUUCUUCAUGAUUUUUAUGAAGAGCAGGGAAUUCAAGCUUUUAAAAAAUACGACAAAAACGGUUCUGGUGCAAUAUCCUCGAUUGAUUUCCAACAGAUUAUGACAACUGUAAAAGGGCACUUAUUGACUCCGUUCGUGCGAGAUAACUUGAUUGCUGUAUCUGGUGGAGGAGCUAGCGGCCACAAGGUCACAUUUCCAUACUAUGCUGCGUUCAAUAGUCUUCUUGCGAAAAUGGAACUAAUCAAGCGCGUUUAUGUCUCGCAAGCUCGAGGAAAUUUGGGAUUGGAAAUGACGAAAGAAGAUUUCCUCCAUGCCACACAGAGUUACGCUCAAAUCACUCCAUACGAGGUAGAAAUAUUGUUUCAUUUGUCCGAGCUUGCCCAUCCUGGUAAAAAAACUCUUUCACUUGACGAUAUUGAAAAAAUUGAUCCGGAACGACUGAAGCGAGUAUCUCAAAUGGAUCGUCUUAUUAAUAUUAAAGCUGUUCAUAACAAAGAAGAAAGAGGAGUUGGCACAGCGUUCUUGGAAUCUGCGUAUCGGUUUACAUUGGGUUCAAUUGCUGGCGCAUGCGGAGCUACUGCGGUUUAUCCCAUCGAUUUAGUAAAAACUCGAAUGCAAAAUCAGCGGUCAGGAUCAUUUGUUGGAGAAGUAAUGUAUAAGAAUUCAUUGGAUUGUUUCAAAAAAGUUGUGAAGUUCGAAGGCCUUCUUGGUCUUUACCGCGGUCUUCUACCCCAAAUUGUGGGGGUUGCGCCGGAAAAAGCAAUAAAGUUGACGAUGAAUGAUUUUAUGCGUGACAAAUUUACGACGGAUGGAAAGAUUCCACUGUACGGGGAAAUUAUUGCUGGCGGAACCGGAGGAAUGUGUCAAGUCGUUUUUACCAAUCCACUCGAAAUUGUCAAGAUUCGUUUGCAAACUGCUGGAGAAAUUCCGAAUGCUGGAAGAAAGAUCGGAGUAACACACGUCCUCAGAGAACUCGGAUUCAUCGGAUUAUAUAAGGGAUCCCGUGCUUGUUUCCUUCGUGAUAUUCCAUUCUCUGCCAUUUAUUUUCCAGCAUAUGCCCAUGCAAAACUUGCUACUGCUGAUGGAGAUGGAAUUAAUUAUCCUGGUUCCUUGUUUGUUUCGGCGUUAAUAGCGGGUGUACCAGCUGCCGCUUUAGUCACACCGGCGGAUGUGAUAAAAACAAGAUUGCAAGUUGCCGCAAGAGCUGGGCAAACCACUUACAGUGGUGUUAUUGAUUGUGCCCGUAAAGUAAUCAAAGAGGAAGGUCACACUGCACUUUGGAAAGGAACAGGUGCAAGAGUAUGCAGAUCCAGCCCACAGUUCGCUGUAACUCUUCUCACAUAUGAGGUCUUGCAAAGACUAUUCUAUGUUGACUUCGCUGGAUCACGUCCAACAGGAUCAGAGUCCGCAACGACAAAAACCAUACAAGAUGAUUCGUCAACAAACCCUGAUCACGUUGGAGGCUACAAGCUUGCUGCAGCCACUUUCUCAGGAAUCGAACAUAAGUUCGGACUAUUUUUGCCAAGAUUUGAAAAACAUUAG